CGUGCAGCCGAGCAGCCGAGCAGCCGUGCAGCCGCCCGGGCGGUGCGGGGCCAGCGGGGUUGCGCGCAGCCGAGCGCGGUCCCCCCGCCCCACCCCGGAGGGCUCCCGGUCUCCGCGUCCCGAAAACACGAGGUCAUUCUCUUAUUUCAGCUGUUGGGUGUAACAGAGCUGGGAAAGAACAAUUUCAAGGCGGAGCCGUUGCCCCAGGCCAACACAAACAACACAGCCAGUUCUGCAGAACUUUAAGCAGGAGUGUGAGGGAGAGCUCUUUCUGUCCUGAACUUACUCUGCAAUCUGCAGCUGGGACUUCUAACAGCCAAGAAGGAAGAGAGGACUCUCACCACAGCAUUUCAGAGGGAGUACAUUGCCAGAGCUUUGAUUUCUUAUUUGGACAAACGUUUCUCCAAGGAGGACGCAGCGCUCCGUGCCCAUGUGCCCACCUCUGAAGGACUGACGGGCUCCCUCUGCUUGUGCCACUCCCGCUCCCACCAUGGGACCCUCGGAGGACAUGCUGAGCAGCGGGCAAGUGCAGGUCGUCCUGUGGGGCAGCUUGGCCACCGUGGCCACAUUCUUCCUCAUCAGCUUCCUCAUCUUCCUGUGCUCCAGUUGUGACAGAGAAAAGAAGCCGAGGCAGCAUAGCGGGGAUCAUGAGAACCUGAUGAAUGUGCCUUCCGACAAGGAGAUGUUCAGCCGUUCGGUGACCAGCCUGGCCACAGAUGCACCUGCCAGCAGCGAGCAGAACGGGAUACUCACCAAUGGCGACAUUCUUUCAGAAGACAGUACUCUGACGUGCAUGCAACAUUAUGAGGAGGUGCAGACGUCAGCUUCAGAUCUGCUGGACUCCCAGGACAGCACGGGGAAGCCGAAAUGUCAUCAGAGCCGGGAACUGCCCAGAAUUCCUCCUGACAGUGCCGUGGACACGACGCUCAGCACGAGGAGCGGGGACGGGGACCAAGGCCUGGGGAUGGAAGGGCCAUAUGAAGUGCUGAAGGAUAGUUCCUCCCAAGAAAACAUGGUGGAGGACUGCUUGUAUGAGACUGUGAAAGAAAUUAAGGAGGUGGCCACAGCUGUGAACCCAGGGAGAGGCCAGAGCAGCAGAUCGAAGUCGACUUCCGCCUUGAAAGAGCUUCCAGGGCCCCAAGCUCCCCAAGCAGACUUUGCUGAAUAUGCCUCGGUGGACAGAAACAAAAAGUGUCGACAGAGUGUUAAUGCAGAGACCGUUCUCGGAGAUUCGUGUGAUGUGGAAGAGGAGGCCCCACCACCUGUCCCUGUUAAACUUCUGGACGAAAACGAAAACCUCCAGGAGAAGGAAGAGAGUAAGACCGAAGAAGGAGCCACAGAGGGGACCAGUGACACCAACAAGAGAUUUAGUUCAUUGUCAUACAAGUCCCGGGAAGAGGACCCAACUCUAACAGAAGAAGAGAUCUCAGCCAUGUAUUCAUCAGUAAAUAAACCUGGACAGUCAGGGAAUAAAUCAGGACAGACCCUUAAGGCACCAGAGUCCGCCUACACCUCCAUCCAAAGAGCCACUCAGAGAUCCCCCUCUUCCUGUAAUGAUCUCUAUGCUACUGUUAAAGACUUUGAGAAAACCCCAAACAGUGUCAGCACGCUUCCACCAGCAGCGAGACCCGGUGAGGAGCCUGAGCCUGAUUAUGAAGCAAUACAAACUCUAAACAGAGAGGAAGAAAAGGCCACCCCAGAGACCAACGGCCAGCGCGGCCUUUUCCCGAAGGAGAAUGACUAUGAGAGCAUUGGGGACUUGCAGCAAGGCAGGGAUAUCACCAGGCUCUAGCCGCCCAGAAGGCAAGCCCAGCUGGCAUUCGAUCAGCUGCUGGGGGCACUUCUUCUGUGGAAGACAAGAGGCGGUAUCAACCCCUACUUCAUAUGCUGCUCUAGGAAUCUGAAGACAAUGGAAGACGUGGGGACUGCUUGCCAGGGUUGGAAACAGUGAGGUACGUACCUGACGGCACCUGAGCGUGCCCCUGCUUGCCGGGGGCACUGGCACACCCAAGCACAUCUCCCUUCUGCACCAUCACCCUCUGGAAAGAUCCCAGCCACCAGUAGUUUCGUCCUGUGCGCAGGGGGAAAACCAAGAUGCAGGGAGGAACUGCACUCAUCAAGAACCACGACUCCACCUGCCCCAGAUACUGCCAUUCACAAGAGCCAGGUUUUUCGUCCUUUCUUCCCCUUUUGGUCUCUGCUCCUCACCUUUAAGUGUAUGGCUUUCUCCCCCCUUGAAAUCUUCCAACUUCUAAUGGUUCAUUCCAAGAAAACUCUCCCACAAGGCCUGGCCUUUGCCUUCAACUUUGGUGUCUCAAGAUGGUAAAAAAAAAAAAAAAAAAAGACUGUGGUUGCUGGUUACCAUCAGCUCACCAGUCCUCUUCUGAGAACCACACCUGGAAAAAGGAGCCCUGCAGGUGGAUAGGACUGGGGCUGCCCCUCGAGCUUCUUAGGGCUUCAUACCUUCUGGUUUGGGCAGUCCACAUCAGCAACCUCUCCCAAAGUACUUGAAGUCAUUUUUAGAUGCUUUAUUUUAUUUUUCUAGUCAAAGGGUGCCCCCCCCACCCCAGUAUUAAAAACUCUUCAGAGCCUUUUCAGUAUUUUCAACAAAUAUUGUGGUACUUCUAUACUUGUUUUAGCCCAGAGCCCAUUCCUCUGAAACAGAGAGCCUUAAUCUCUAUGUUGGGACACAGACCACAUAUUUGGACGACAGCCAUGGCGUCCGUCUCUGAAGGGCUGUGGACUUGAAUGUGUAUUUCUGAUGAUCCCUCUGCCACACCAACAGUGUGAGAUUUCAUAAGUUAACUUGCUACCCUAAGGUAAUCUAUCUAAAAUCAAAAUGUAAACAUUUAUUUUUGUUAUAUAAAUUUAUAAGAUGUUUUAUGUUUAACACCUAAUUUCUAGAAAGUGCCAGAAAAAAUGUAUAUUAACUAUUUUGAUUUUAUGUACAAUGAUUUAUACUCAUUUUGAAAAAACACCAUAAAGCACAUAAGCUAGAUAAUUACACAUAGUUGUUAAUCUGUUUUCUAAUCAAGUGUUUAAAAUAUUGUAGGUUUUUAAAGACUUAACUUUUCAAAUGGUACUUGGAGCCCUGGUCAAAGUCAUCUGGCUCACUAGAGAAUAAGUGGAAUGAACAUAAAUGAGCAUUUUCAGUGAUUUGUGGUGGGCAAUACUGAAAUAUUUGAAAUGGUAAAGAAAAAAUAGAAGAAUGAAAUAUGACUAGGGAUGACUGUAUUAUUAACCUCAUGAAAGUAUUAUCAUUCCAUUAAGAUUUAGUUACAUCUUUAAGAAAAUUUAUAUUGAUGGAUUCUGCAAUCCAGUGCUUGCAAAUGCAAAUUGCCUAUUGAGAUUCUUUUCCUCUUCAUUUUACAAAAAUCAGUGGCUAAAAUAACUCCGAUUAAGAGUUCAGCCUGGUUUGAAUUUUAUCAUCUCUUUAGAUUUUUAUAAGGCCAACAUUGGGAAAUUUGUUCACUUUUCCUGUGAAAAGGACCCUGCUACUACGCAGUGUGGCUAUAGAAAGGGACCCUUGCCUACACUGAGAGAGGAAAAAAAAAAAAAAGAGGCAAUUCUUCUAUACUACUGUGAUAUCCUUGGGUUUUCAGGUCAAAUAAUCUUACAGUUUUCACCCAUUGUGACAAAGGAUGCAAUUGGGAGGAUGAAGCAUCUUGAAAAUGGUAGGAACCAGCUCAUUGGCAUGUCUCUUCCAUCCCUUGCAUUCAUGGCUUGAUCCUAUGACUGCUGAAUAAUGACGUUUCUGAAAUUGUCAAGUGAGCUUUGUUGGGGUCAGCUGGUUGGUUGUCAUUAUUUUGCAGUCAGCCUAGCCUCUCCCAUGAGGACCUCAUGAGCCUAAGCACAAUCGUCACUAGAUGGUAAUAACAGAAUACCUUUGGGUGGGGGGGAAAGGUUAUCGGGAAGGCACCAAGGUCUUUGCUCUUUGAAUUCACAUCUUUCAUAAGCACUGUUUUGCCUGGUGAUUUUCAUUGCUUGCUUAGUAUUGAGUUUGACCCAACAAUCUCUAUACCGUGAGGUUCCUUUAGCACCGGGUGAUCUGUGUCACAUCGCAUACCUAGUGUUGUGCUUGCUGCAAUAACGUCCUUUCCGAGCGCCUGACCACUCAAAAGUUUUCUUGUAUUUCAUAGUGUCUUUACUUAUUGCCAGGGAAGUGGGUAUGAUCUCUAAAGUGUAAAAUCAUUUCUAGAGAGAAAAGUUCUUUAUAAAUUACUCAUGUCAUCCUGAAAUUUCGCUAUCAGAAUUUCCCCCAGAAGUUCUGAAAUAAAGGCUAUGCAGUAUAGCCAUAAAAUAUGCACUGAAAUAUCUUGAUUUGAGAAUCUGCGCUAAGUUGUGAUUUAAAGUAUCAAAAGUGUAUUUUAAAAGAAACUAGAAGGCCCUCUAGUAGAGAUCCUAAAAGAAAAAUUAAUAGCACAAUCCAUGAGAGUUGGGGGAGGGAGAAACAGUAAACUUUAGGAGCUGGCUCUGCUCUUUAGACCAUUGGGUACCUAACUGAAGUAUAUUUAUUGAUGCAUCAUCGUGGUUUUGACCUUACAGUACAAUAUUUCAUAAAUUGCAUCAAUUUUACUUUAUUUGUUGAAAAUCUAUGCUAGUCUUUGAGUUGGACAAAAGCCUAUAGCUUCUUUUAAAAAGUUUCAUGUUCAGCUAAAUGUUAGAGUUUAAAUGUAUGAAACAUGAACACAUUUUUUCUGUUCAACUUUGACAUCCAUAUUAUGCAUUGUUAUAAUUUAGGUUUGCAAAACUAUACAAAUAAAGUAAGUUUUAGGAAUUUUUUUGUCUUAUAAGUCAGAAUUAUAAACUCAUCUUGCCUAAAAGUAGAAUCUUUGUUUUUUAGUCAGAUAUUUUGAAAGUUUAGAAGAAUUUUUUAUGCUGCUUUUACUAUUUCUCAAAUGCAGUCAGCAGGAAAGUAUGACCUUUGUCAUACUUUUAUGUGAAAUGUCUGAGGACAUUUUAAAUUAUAGAAAAAAGUAAUUUUUGCAAGUAUGUGGGCCACAUUUUUUUUUCCAGUCCUGCACUAAGUUGCAUCAUUAGGUCUAUUAAAGCUUUUGAAAAUACUGCCGUCCUUUAUGGGGAAAAGGCUAAUUACUGAUUUUUCUGCCUUCAAAAUCCAAGAGUUAAUUCCAAUUGAGUGCUAACAAUAGGUAGUCAACACAGAGAACUAAAAUUUACCUCAAGAUGUCACUGUGUCUAUUUCUCAUAUUAGAUUCUCGUUUUUCUAAUUAAAGCAUUUAUUUAGCCAGUAACAAACUAUGUCUGUAUAUAUGUGUGUGUAUACACUAUACAUUCGUAUAGAUUUAAAUGUAUACAUACACAUAUAUAUAAAGUUGUUCUGGUUCUUAAUUAGUGAUGAUACAUUCUAUUAUGUAUUUGGAAUGUCUACCCUACUAGUGUGAUGACCAUUGUCAUAAAAGCAGAAUUAAAAAAAAAAAAAAGUUAGCCAAUAGUUUUCCUUUAGUAAUUACAAGAAAACCCUCUUAAGUUGCCCUCAUGUCAUUCUUCUAAUUAAUAAAUUCAGCUUCUAAAUUGUGUCCAUAAUUUCUUAGCUGACAAACAGUGGUGUUUGAAGAUCGUUUUCUUCUCUGGGUGGCUCAUUAUGUGCCCAACAUGCCAGGAGGAAAGGUAAACAGGUGUCCCUCGCAGGUACUGUCGAGAAGAGAUCUGGCCCGAAAGCAAGCAGGAGCCACGCGGGCCAGGAUGGAGCCGUGGCCAGGUGACCCCCGCAGCAGGUGGCAGGAGCGGUGGCCUGUCAUCACAUGGUUGCAUUUUAGUUCAUUCUCUUUGGAAGCCACAGGAGUUUAGCAGUGACAUCGUGUGCCCGACAGAAGGCGGCUCGAGACAGGGACAUGGAUGACCUCAGAGCUGCAGCUCGAGACUCAAGUAGGAUUUUGUAAAUGAGUAAAUGACAUUUUUUUCCCCCUGGGUUCCUUGUACUAGUCGAUGAGUCCCUGUGAUCUAGUGAUGCCGUUCUUCGGAAAGUGUCGCCUCCAGCACCUGGCCAGCUUCAUCUGGGCUGCUGGAAGCACAGUAGGUACGGACGGUUCUUUCCUGGAAAUCUUGACAGGCUUAUUGUACUGUGUAAUUGGGCAAAGUUAAAGUGUAAUGUAGGUGUUAAUAAGUGACUGAUGUGAAAAAUAGGAACAUGUGUCUCUAAUAUCAAAUAUGGCUUUUUUGGGGGCAGUGAAAUCUAUAUUCCUCGUCCUGUGGUAGUAUUUUCUUGCUCUGUGUUGUACCUUUUCUUAAACACAUUAUUCUUGACAGUGGCAUUGGACAAGUUGAACACAAUAGAAAGUGCUUGACUUAAAGACAUCAGUUGAGAAACCAUGAUAAAUUAGUCUUCGUCUGCAAGUAUGAAAGUAAAUUUAAAAAACCAUGGUCCAGAAGAGAACAAAUAUUCAUAAGUGGGUUUUUUUUCCUACUGCUCAUUUUUAAGUAUGUUUACAUCCAGUCUCUGAGAGCUAUAAAGUCUGCAUUGUUUUCCCAGGUUCUUCUUUAUUUAACUAAGAAAUCAUAGUUCAGAUUCCUCUUGAUGCCAGAUGGAAUGAGAAAUGUUACAAUUUUUGUUAAAAGGGCAAUUUUUUAAGCAUUCAGUUUGGUAAUCAUGUAUCUUAUGUAUUUAAAUUAGAUUUUUCUUUGCUCACCACUUAUAUGCUAUGGGUAUUUUUUUAAAAAUGUAUUAUGCUCUGGAUGUCUCAGAUCACCUUAUGUAAUGGAUUAUAAAGGCUGGUAACGGUCAUUCCUCAAACCUUCUGUGUAUAAUAUUGGCAACAGUUUUAAUGUUGCUACCUUUUAAAUAUCAUGUAUUAUUAAUGCACCUCAUGUUUUCAGGGAAAGCUUGAAAUCUAGCUAAACAAAUAGGAAUUUGCAUUUCAUCAUUCAUGCAUUUUUUUCCUCAUAAAAAUAGUUUCUCAAAAAAGUGACAUAUUGUCUCUUAGGUGGUCCCGACCAGUUUCAAAGCUCUCCUCUCGCUCCUCAGUGGCAUUUUGCCUCUUCAGUCUCAAAGUCUUUGUUGUGGUCAAACCAUCCAAUCCACAAAAGAGUGGGAAAGUUGUUUCCAAUACUGGGAAUUUUUAAACCCUCAAGUCUGAAAAUAUCUCUUAUUGGCUUCAAUAUCUUCAAUUUUUUUCCCCCUUCCUUACUCUAGUCCCUCUAAGGAGCAAGCCUAAAGCGUGGGGUCAUGAAGCCACUAUUUCUUCCAGUCUCACUUUGGUUCCUCCUACACAGGUGACCUUCCGCCACUCUGCACAGCACCACCCCUGUUCCUCUUCCCCACCGGAGCCGCUCUCUGCUAUUCAUAGGACAUCCCAACACAUCUUUUCCAAUAGGGACACGAUCCUCAGAUCACAGAUCUUGCCUGUCAGCAUAGAAGCAUGCCCCAACACCACCCCUACCCCCCCACCCCCCAUGAGCAAACAGCUCUGCCCAACUCACAUUUUCCUGUGUCACAGGCUGCCGAGAGAUAAGGCCACAGGUCCACCUAGGGAAGCAUUUGUCGUGGGCUUUGCUAAACCAUGUUCAUUCUUACCCACAUCCUUCAUGAGAAUGGUGGGCACUCGGCGGCUGUGGGAGAGAAUGUCAAAAAGUUCUACUGAGGACUCCAGCGCACAGUUACAGAAAAAUUCACCCCACACUCUAACUGGGUAAGCUCACUGCACCCCCCCGCACACAAUAUAUUGAGACUGCCCAGUGUCUCCUAAGUUCCAGGGCAGUUAAGUCCUUGGAAUAACCCACCAGUACUUCACUGCAAAGUAGGAGGAUGCUGACUCUUUUGAGGAAAAACUCUUUCUUAAAAAAUCCAUCACUUAUAAAAUAAGCUGAGUGUGACUUCUUUUAGCCAUGGAGCCAUUGUCCCCGUUCCCUCGGGAAACAGUGCCUCUGAAUUGAAUGUUCAAGCAUCUAGCUGUGGAGUUACCAAAGAAUAAUUGAAUAAUUUGGCCAUUUGUAGACUGUCUGACAUUUGAAGCAAGAACCCAGAUCCCUUUUAAGCACUCGCAUAGGUGGAUGGGUGAUGCAGUGGCUCAUGGUCUCACUUUCUAUGCAGCUAAGGAUCCAGGAUGUGUUUAGUUUUUUUUUUGGUUUGUUUUGUUUUUUUGUUUUUAACCUCACUCUCUAAGUCAUCAUAGUUAAUUAUUUGGGUGGGUAUUCUUGAGUGUAAUUUCCCCCCCAAGAUAAUAGAACUGGCAUUUGCUCAUUCUCUUCACACAUUUAAUUUUCAGCAGUUCAACUAGUGUUAGGGACCCUCACUGGGACAGUUAAGGCUAGAAGAAAGACCAGUCCUGGCCCCAGAGCCUACACUCUAACUAUACUAUCUGGUUUUGUUUUGUUUGUUAACAAGUUGAAAACUAGGAGUUUAAAACCAACUUUUUUCCCUUCUUAAGCUGAAGGGAAAGUUUUAAUUUUAGCUCCCCAUUUAAGCAAUGAAGACUGCCUUGAAAGACAGCAGUGUCCUUCCCUCGGUGAAGAGGCUAAAACCAAAAGCCAAGUCUGUCUCUGAAUAUUCCUUUGACACAUUUUUAUCUAUUUUUAAUGUAAAAUCCAUAAAUGAAUCUGACAUGGUCUUCAUGACUUACCUCUAGGCCUGCUUGCCUUUAUUUAUUUAUUUUGGAACUUAUUUUUUGAAUAUAGGCUUUUCUUAUUAUUUCCCAGAGCGAUCCUAGAAACGAUUCUGAUGGGCUACCCCAUGACUGCCUCCUGGUGUCCUGGAAGUUUGGCAGCAGUGUCAGCAGGGCUUACCUCUUAGGGAGAAGCAUCUGAAAAAUGCCAGAUAAGCUGAGUUUUAUGUACAAGUCAACAAGCAUUUGAGAAAUGCUUUAUGCCUCAGAUUUUGACAUUUAAAUUUUUUUUCCCCAAGUACCAGCUACUAUUUGACUUGGAGGGGUUGGCGAGCAGGACAGGGAUUAGACAUAAAAUAUGAACUAAGUGGCAUAGGCAAGACUUCCCACCCCUAUGUCUCCAUGUGCAUGUGUCUCUGGAAAAUAUAUUGUCCCCGCUCCCUGUCUACCACUUUGAGUUGCUUAAGGAGCAAACUGUAAGUGUGUAGAAAUGAAAAAGCUGACCUCAAAGACAUAAGUUAUUUUUAGAUAUUUUCUUUGUAAACCUAGGAAUAAGCCUGGUUUAUGAAUUGCAUAAUAUGGCUACUACAGCUAUAAUCUGGAGGUAACUAGAUACAUCCUUUCAAAUAUGUUUCCCUUACAAACCUAACUUUGUUGUAACUGGGAAAAGAAACUCCUUGUUUAAAAAAAAAAAAAAAAGCCAACAAAAAGACUUCAGUAAAAGAAUGUGGCAUCAGUCUAUCCUCUGUCCCACAGUGCUUGUUUCUUGCCUAUAAUAUAGUUUUUCAACAAUUUUUAUGGGAGAAAAAAAUGCACAUUUUUUCUUGGAAAAGUGAAUUGAGGUAUUGAAUUAAAUUCUCCGAGAGGACAACCUAAAGAGAAACAUGGGAUUUAGAGAUGAGCUCACAGCUCUGUGGUCACUGUUCCAGCAUUGACUUUACUGUGUGACCUUGAACAAAUGAUUUAACGACUCUGUGCCUCAAUUUCUCCAUGUACAAAAUGGGGAUCAUGAUACCAACCAUUGCCUACCUCAUAUGGAUGUUAUGGGGACAAAUAAGAUAAUAUAAAUACAAAUGCUUUGAUCUCUGGAAGAAAGGUGCUAUAUAAAUUAAAGUUGUGUUGUUUUUAAUGAUCCAAUUAUUAUGUUUAAGGUUUAAAUAAUAGCAAUACUGUUAGUCAUGUUAAGAAUAAGUUUCAAUUCAACACAUAAUUACAAUUCUCUUCUGUGGCCAAAUCUUGAUCGUUCAUCCAGUAAUGGUACGUAAGGAACUGAAAUGGGUUUUUUUUUUCUGUGUGUUUCUGCCCAAUAGUAUUUCUAUUCUAAAUGUUCCCAAAAGGCUGGAGUUUAACUUGUGAUAUCUUAUAGUUUACAUGUAAUGAACCUUAUUCAAGCUGUGUACAAAAAUAUGAUUACAUGUAAAUAGCAGGUACAUUGUAAUUAAAGGCACUUAUCAAAUCCUCUUUGUUCUUUUUAAAUUGCAAUAAAAGUCAAUUUUAUAUUAUAAAA